GAUGAUGCCGUUAGUAUUGAAAGCGGUACUAACACUGAACGCCCUGAUACACCAACAAACACUCCAAACGCACCGGGAAGAAAAAGCUGGGGGAAGGGAAAAUGGAAGUCAAAGAAGUGCAAAUAUUCCUUCAAAUGUGUAAAUAGCCUAAAGGAGGACCAUGGUCAGCCUUUGUUUGGAGUCCAGUUUAACUGGCACAGUAAAGAAGGUGAUCCUCUUGUUUUUGCCACUGUAGGCAGCAACAGAGUUACUUUAUAUGAAUGUCAUUCCCAAGGAGAAAUCCGUCUGUUGCAGUCCUAUGUGGAUGCUGAUGCAGAUGAAAAUUUCUAUACCUGUGCAUGGACAUAUGAUAGCAAUACAAGCCAUCCUCUUCUGGCUGUGGCAGGGUCCAGGGGUAUUAUUAGGAUAAUUAAUCCUAUUACAAUGCAGUGCAUAAAGCACUACGUGGGCCAUGGAAAUGCAAUCAAUGAACUGAAAUUCCAUCCAAGAGAUCCAAAUCUCCUUUUAUCUGUAAGCAAAGAUCAUGCAUUGAGACUGUGGAACAUCCAGACAGACACGCUGGUUGCAAUAUUUGGAGGAGUAGAAGGGCACAGGGAUGAGGUGUUAAGUGCAGAUUAUGAUCUUCUUGGUGAAAAAAUCAUGUCCUGUGGGAUGGAUCACUCUCUAAAACUCUGGAGAAUUAACUCAAAGAGAAUGAUAAAUGCCAUCAAAGAGUCUUAUGAGUACAACCCAAAUAAAACCAACAGGCCUUUUAUUUCCCAGAAAAUUCACUUUCCUGACUUUUCUACGAGAGACAUACAUAGAAACUAUGUUGACUGUGUACGAUGGUUGGGAGAUCUAAUUCUUUCCAAGUCUUGUGAAAAUGCCAUUGUGUGCUGGAAACCUGGCAAAAUGGAAGAUGAUAUAGAUAAAAUCAAGCCCAGCGAGUCAAAUGUGACCAUACUUGGGAGAUUUGAUUACAGCCAGUGUGAUAUAUGGUACAUGAGGUUUUCAAUGGAUUUCUGGCAAAAGAUGCUUGCUCUGGGCAAUCAAGUUGGCAAACUUUAUGUUUGGGAUUUAGAAAUAGAGGAUCCUCAUAAAGCCAAGUGUACGACUCUUACUCAUCCUAAAUGCGUUGCUGCCAUUCGACAAACCAGUUUCAGCAGGGAUAGUAGUAUCCUUAUAGCUGUGUGUGAUGAUGCCAGUAUCUGGCGCUGGGACAGACUACGAUAAAUUACUUUUUCCUAAUUCAAAGUAGAAAAUAUAUUUUCAAAUUAUAAUAUAGUCUGUUAACUCGCUAGUACGGUAGACGCAUUUAGUGUAGACUUUCUCAAAGGUUCGGCAGGCUGGAGCUGAACUUAGUGAUGUUUACAUUCUGUGUAUUGUUCUGCUUGAAAUUGCUGCUUUUAAUAAAAAGAAGUAUUUUUGUAAAGUU